GGCGGCGGGGCCGGUUCUCGGCGGGGAGCGCUGCGGGAGCUGAGCCGGAGGCAGUCAGCAGCAUGAACCUCAAGAAGUAUUUUGUGCGGGCUCUGCACCGCCUGCAGAAGGGCCCUGGCUACACCUACAAGGAGCUGCUGGUCUGGUACUGUGACAACACCAACACCCACGGCCCCAAGCGCAUCAUCAAAGAGGGGCCCAAGAAGAAACUGAUCUGGUUCUUCCUGACGCUGCUCUUCGCCUCCCUGGUCUUCUGGCAGUGGGGCAUCCUCAUCAACACCUACCUGUCCUACAAUGUCACCUCCUCUCUCUCCAUUGGCUUUAAGACCAUGAAGUUCCCCGCGGUCACGGUCUGCAACGCCAACCCUUUCAAGUACUCAGAGGUGAAGCAUCUGCUCGAAGACCUGGACAGGCUCAUUGAUGCAGCUCUGGAGAGGAUCCUGCAGCCCACACCAGGGAACAGCAGUGAGAACCCCUCCCCACCACUCAACUUGACUCUCUGGUACCAGAUACCCCUGGUCCUCAUUGAUGAGCACGAUAAAGACAACCCCAUCAUCCUGGAUAUCUUUGAGAACAACCAGACUGAUGGAGACAACGAAACCACUGUGGGCAAACUGACCUCUGUGGACAAUGAGACUACUGAGGGCAACCAAACCCUUGGGGGCAACCAAACCUCUGAGGGCAACCAAACCCUUGGGGGCAACCAAACCUCUGAGGGCAACCAAACCCUUGGGGGCAACCAAACCUCUGAGGGCAACCAAACCCUUGGGGGCAACCAAACCUCUGAGGGGAAGCAGCCUGCUGUGGGCAAGGAAACCGCUGGGGACCACCAGACUCUUGAGAGAAACCAAACCUUUGAGAGCAACCAAACAGCUGCUCCACCUGCCUCAUCCAACACAACAACAGAAGAAAAGAAGUACAAGCUGGCAGUGAAGCUGUGCAGCAAUCAGGGCUCCGACAACUGCACCUACAGGAACUUCAGCAGCGCGGCGCAGGCGGUGACCGAGUGGUACAUCCUGCAGAGCACCAGCAUCCUCUCCAAGGUGCCCCUGCAGGACAGGAUCAGGAUGGGCUACCAGGCAGAGGACAUGAUCCUGGCCUGUCUCUACGGGGCAGAACCCUGCAACUACAAGAAUUUCACCCAAAUCUAUCACCCAGACCAUGGGAACUGCUACAUCUUCAACUGGGGCAUGGAUGAAGAGGCUCUGAAUUCUUCCAACCCCGGGGCUGAGUUUGGGCUGAAAUUAAUCCUGGACAUCAGCCAGCAAGACUACAUCCCCUACCUGUCCUCGGCAGCUGGGGCCAGGCUGAUGCUGCACCAGCAGAAGAGCUUCCCCUUCCUGAAGGACCAGGGCAUCUACGCCAUGCCUGGGACAGAAACCUCCAUCGGAGUGCUGGUGGAUGAGCUGGAGCGGAUGGGUUACCCCUACAGCGACUGCACCAACAACGGCUCUGAUGUCCCAGUGAAGAACCUCUACAGCCAGUACAACACCUCCUACUCCAUACAGGCUUGCCUGCGUUCCUGCUUCCAAAAUCACAUGGUGGAGAUCUGUGGCUGUGGGCACUACCUGUUUCCCUUACCUGAAGGGGUGAACUACUGCAAUAAUGACAAUAACCCAGGCUGGGCAUACUGCUACUCCUCCCUGAGAUCAAGCAUAAAGCAGAGACAGAUUUGCAUUGACUCUUGUAAGGAGACCUGCAACGACACACAGUACAAGAUGACCAUCUCCAUGGCAGACUGGCCCUCUGAAGCCUCGGAGGACUGGAUUUUCCAUAUUCUUUCUUAUGAAAGGGAUAUGUCAACAAAUGUGACUCUGGACAGGAACGGCAUCAUCAAGCUGAACAUCUACUUCCAGGAGUACAACUACCGCACCAUCUCCGAGUCCGCGGCCACCACGAUCGUGUGGCUGCUGUCGAGCCUGGGGGGCCAGUUUGGGUUCUGGAUGGGGGGCUCGGUGCUGUGCCUCAUCGAGUUCGGGGAGAUCAUCAUCGACUCGCUCUGGAUCACCGUCAUCAACGUCAUCGGCUGGUGCAAGAGCCUGAAGCAGCGGCGGGCGCGGGCCCGGUACCCCGACGCACCCCCGACGGUGUCGGAGCUGGUGGAGGCUCACACCAACCUCGGCUUCCAGCACGAGGACGGGGGUGCCCUCCCCAGGGGCGAGGAGCUGCCCCCCGAGCCUGGCACCCCCCCACCCAACUACGACUCGCUGCGGGUGCAGCCCCUCGACGCCCUCGGUCCCGACAGCGACACCGAGCCCGAGUGAGCAGCACGGCCUGGCACCGCCCGUGGGCCACCAGGCUGCCAUCGCUGCGCCCAGCUGACACUUGCU